CAGAGGACAACAUGGAUGACGCAGCCUAUUCGACAAGAUGCUAUGCUUCUGAUGUUGCCAACCGGUUGAUGGGAUGGACGACGGCUAAGCAUGGCUGCCAGUUUGACGACUGAGUCAUGUUAAUGACUUUUCCGAGGAGGUGAUCAUCUAGUCGCUCGGUGUAUUGUACCUAUACCAACUACAUAUCAAUUAUCAAACAUGUUGGAAGAAUCUAUACAGUACCUACCUGGGUAGUGCGGCCCCUGGAGUCCGUAAAUUUGAUGCAAAUAGGCGGCGUCUUCCUCAGCGCCACAAUUUCGGCGUCACUUACAGUACAGUAUGGUGGCGGAAUUGCACCGCCCACGAUUUCUCCCCGGGCCGAGUUCUGGGGCGGGAGGCCGUGGAUGGCUGUUGCCCAAACACCUCCGAGGCUUUUCAAUUCAGUUAGUGGAGAACUUGCUGCUCCUUCUCCUCCACUUAACCCUGUUUGCUUGUCAAGGUGCGAAUCUGCCCGAUCACCACCUGCACUUCCGCAGCCUUGACGAUCAUUGUACCUGUGGCUUUUGUACAGCACACAAUCCCUCAAUCAAGACAAACGCAAGCUCUACUCGAAGCGCUUCUGUUGUUGACCAAUCUUCUCCCUCAAUCCAGGCAGCCGCAGUCAUGGCAUCACGACUCCUCAUUCCCCGACUCUCCGCAGCCUCCAGAGCUCCCGUCACUUCUUUCGCGUCCAGAUCCUUUCAGACAUCUAGCAGACGGUUCGCAGAGCCAGUGGCAGUGCCAGUAAAAAGACCUGUCGGCGCAUUCAGAGGAGGACUCUUCGGCUUCCUUCUCGGUUCGACUCUCGCUGGCGCGUCGGUCUAUUACUACAUCCUGGAGGAAUAUAAGGUCUCGAACGAAUUGUUGACAGAGGAUAUCUAUGCCCUACAAGCCGCAGUGCAACGAAUUCAUUCAUACGUAACGGAACUGGAGAAUAAGGUCUCGCAGAUCAAGAAGUGAGGGAUGCAUCAGUGCCAAAAAUAAUAACGAGCGAUGGAGAACUUGACAUUUGUUUUUCUUUGAAGCGGAGUGCUACGGUGUCAGCUCUUGCUCGAGCAGCACAUACGGUGGAUC